GGCUUCACCUUUUUCACCACAAAUGGUAACCAACCUAGCCUGGGGCACCAGACAUACAAAACUUUUGUGAUAUGUGAACAACUAUUGUGACAAUAUAAUACACUGUGACUCAAGGUUUAAACGUGAAUAUCAAGUUAUACCAAGUUAUUAACAGGCAGCUCUGUGGAUUUUGAAUGGUUUAUACUCCAAAAUGGCCUCCGAUCAACCGGACAUUAAGCCAUUACAAACUGGUUUUCCCCCGCUACACUUAUUGUCAGCAGUUAACUCAACAUCAGUGGCUUCAUCUGUUACUGCUGGGACAUCGUCAGUUCCUGUCUCCCUCAUACCAGUAUUCCAACCAAGCAUGUUUGGUUCAGGCCUGAUUGGGCUUCCUCUGACAUUAAAUCAACAAGCCUUGUUUCAAGCUAACAUGGAUGCUGCAGCAAAAAGUGCCAAAUCAUUAGCAUCAGGUGCUGUUGCAUUACAAGAAAAUCCUAAUACAAGCGGCUCAAAAGUUUCUGGGAACAGUUCCGGAAAGUCAAAUCUAAAAAGAAAGUUUGCAGAUGCAUUGUUGGAAAGAAAAAUGGACCAGACACCAGUUGAAAUUGCAGCUGAUCUUACAAGAGUUCAACAAAGAACUAACAAGGGGAAGGUAUACAGCUGGAUGUGGUCGGCAAAUCCUAAACGACAGAGGGCUAGAAUAACUGAGACAAUGAAAAGGGAGAUAAUUGAGUUCUGUAAGAAUCAUUCCAUGCUGAAACAGGGGGAAAUAGCUGAUAUAUUUGGAGUCGACCGAACGACUGUUACCAAGAUGUUAAAGAGGAGUCAGGAAGCUCAGGAUAAUGAUGAAGCGAUAUAUGAUCCUAGCAGGAAAUACAGAGACCCACAGUAUGAACUCGAAGAUAUGCUAUAUAGAUGGAUCAGUAAUUCUACAAAACACCAUCCCAUUAACCAACCAGUGUGGUCAUGUGAUCAACUUCUUGAGCAGGCCCAGGAGUUACAGAAUCUGAGUGAAACAGGAAAUGAAUUAUAUCCAGACAUGGAUUGGCUGCUGGACUUUCUGGAGAGAUUUAGACUGAAAAGAUUUAUUACAGACUUCCCUACUGAUAACAGAAAGAUGAAGGCAAAAGGUCCAGGUCAGUGCAAGCUGCUCCCUAAACCAAUUCAAAAGGUUAAUAAUUCCCAGGCACAAAAGGACUUAACAAACGCAAUGUUAAGUAAUCACAGAAUUCGUAAAGAGCCUGAGGCAGAAUAUACCAUAGUAGAAACACCUUUAGAUUUGCCUAUUAAGAUUGAACCAGGUGAGGUCAAGAAAGAGGUCAAUGUUGAGGAACUCACUACCGAAGAGGCUAUAAGCCGAGAGGUCAAACAGCUUGAUAAAUUCCGUGAACAACAGAAAGCUAUUGAAGAGGCAAACAAACUGAAGAAAGACCUAUUGUCAAAAACACUAUCAGAACGAAAAAAGCGAGCAAAACAAGAAGCAUACAAGCUGGAGCAUAUACAGAAAGAGCUAUCAAAGCUUGAUCAUCUUCUAACAGCUGAUGUGAAUGUUGUAAGAGAGAAGAUAGAAGAGGCCAGCAGGGAGUUUCUAGAAGCACAAAAACGUUUCCAGAGGGCAGAGAAAGAAUAUGUUGAAUCAAAGAUUGACCUUCAUAAUAAGUCAGACACCAAAGAACAAUUAACAGAGCACCUGUAUACAAUAAUUCAUCAGAACGAAGUGCGUAAAGCUCAAAAACUGGCUGAUUUAAUGAAAGAACUGGAAAUGGAAUCAAGCGAUGAGGAUGUGAACAUUCAGCUUCCGGAGUUACCUCCCCUUACAUCAUUCCAGCAGACAAAUCUUCAUUUGUCGCCCAGUACGGGGCAAACAAUUAUUGAACAAACUAAGAUGAAAGCUCCUGAAAGUCCAUCUACUAGUGACGGAAGCAAAUCUCCAGAAAACUGUGAUAAAAAUAGUAACACCAUUGUGAUUCAACCAAACAGUCCUUGUGAUGGUUCUGAAGUGAAAUCCUCAGAAACUGAAAAUAGUGUACAAAAUUCAUCACAACAGCCAGUUCCCAGCUUUACAAUAGUGGAAGAUGGGGAACCAGUUUCUGUUGUUUAUGAUGAAGAAGCUGACAUAAAAAAGAAAGAAAGCAAUAAAGAAGUGAUAAAACAGACUGAAGAAUCUCAAAAUAAGUCAACGGAUAUCCACGAAUCUUUAAAUGAAAAAGAAAAACCUGAAAAUAAUGUACCAAAAGUGAAAACCAAAUGGGAUUUUGAUGGAUCAUUGAAAUAGCAAAAUUAACUGUAUACUUGUGGUAAAUUUUAUUGGUUGUAUUUGAUAUACUCAUUGGGUUGAAAAAAAUUAUAUUUAGAUAGUGCU